AUGGUUGCUGUUGAAAAAUCUGCAGAUCAAAGGGUUCAAACAGCCAACAAAUUUGCAUUAUUGGAGGAAAUUGAUGAUGGGAAUAAUGAGAACAAUCAGUUGGCAAUAGUAGAGGUGAAUGCAAGUCAAAAGAGUCCUGUUCAAAAAUCUAAUGAAGCUGGGAGAUUAAAUCCAGUUGCUCUAGCUUUUAGACCUACUGAUUCUGGGAUUGCAUCUUCUAAAGUUGGUAACACACCAAAUUCGAAGGAGGCUGGGAAAGGAUAUAGAGUAACAAUUGAUCAAGAUGGGAACAAACUGUGGCAUAAACAAACUGAAGUGGAUUCAGAAGAAGGAGAAGUACCAGAUGGUGCUAAUGGGGAGGAGGAGUCAGCAGAUGAAGAGAAUGAUCAGGAAGAGCAAAGUGUAAAUAACAAAAGCAAAGGGCAGGAAACAAGGUUAGAAAGCAGUAACACUGUGAAAGAAAGUGUACAAAUUGCAGAAGUGCAGAGGGUCUCAGAAGAAGAAGGAAAUAAGCAGCUAUUGAGUCCUAAUCCUAGCAAGGAGUUGCCUCCAGCUGAUCCAAAUAUAGGCCCUGCAAAACCUACUGGUGGUACAGAGAAGGGAGUAGAAUCCAGUGAUCCUCAAUUACCAAAGGCUAGCAAUGAAGAAAUAAUUGAGAGGCCUACAGAUCAUAAACAGAGAAGAAGUGCAGAGGGAGUCAAAGACAAACAGGGCGAUGCAAAUAAAGAGCAGCUAAUUAAACAGAAAGCAGCUACUGCAUUGAUUCCUAUCAAUAUACAACAACUGGCAGCACAAGGUGAUGAUCUUAGAGAGGAGGACAACAUGGAAGAGGCAGGGAGAGACUUUGAUGAAGAAUCAACAACAUAA